CCAAGAUUUUAGGGCGAAUUCAUUCGGCCCAGAUCCGUUUGGGAGACUUGCACCUACCCGUAGCAUUCAGCGUGUUGGAGGUGAGCCUGAACGUCUUCGAUCGCAAAGAAGACGACGUCUCCUGACAUUGCGCACAUGGGGACUCUUCAGGGACGAGACGUCGACCUGCUCUUCGGCCUCGACAUGUUGAAGCGACACCAGGCCUGCAUCGACCUGGAGAAGAAUGUCCUCCGUAUCCAAGGCCGGGAGGUGCCCUUCUUGGCCGAACACGAGUUGCCUAACAAGGCCAGGCAGAUGGAAGAGCUCGCCGAAGAGGUGGAUCAAGCUAGUGCUACGGGCAACUUACCGCUGGCACCCAAGGCUCCGAGCGGUGCCGGUACAGCAAGCGGCGCUGCCACGUUCUCUGGGGCUGGCCAAAAGCUCGGGGGUCCAAGCUCGUCGACAGCCCCUGGGUCGGCACCCAGUAGUGCUUCUGGCAGCGCAGGAUCCAAGUUUCCGGAAGCGAGCAUUACGGCAAUCAUGAACUUGGGUGUCUCGAGAGAGCAAGCGAUCUCCACGCUCGAGGCCGCGGGAGGAAACGUCGACGUCGCGGCAUCUCUACUGUUCUAGUCGAUCGGCACACUGUAUCAUCAUAUAUUGCAUCGCUAUCGCUCGAUGACCAUGU